UGAGAAGUAAACACAUCUGACAAGCAAAUGUCAACCUUUCAUAGGGAAAAUGAAGCCGCCAAAUUUAUUUUCCGAAGAUUUGAGGUUGGAUUAGAUAUAGAAAACUGUCCUGUGAUAGCUUGUAUUCGUAGGUAAUGCACUUGACCUAAGCACUAGUUUGCUGUGUUAGCUAGUCAAGUGCCUCGAACUGUCGUUUUGUAAUGCUGUUGUGAAAGACGAUUUAGCAGCCGUCCUGUGAAACUAUGGUUGCUAAAAUGUGUUCUGCCACCAGGUCAAGUCCGCAGUUACUCCCCGGGUAUCAGGGGAGUACGGUCACCGAGACAGAUCGGGAUCUAGAGCGGGCAUGGCAACCAGCAGGGUCUCCUUCUCGCAAUACCGUCUGGAAGCGGAGAUCGACCGCUACAGAGCUGAGUGCCAGUGGGACAAGAUACCCCCUAUCGUAGAGCAACUAGUGGCCGCACGAUUUCACGAAGACGAUGACUACGGGACGCUGUUAUUGGCCGAGGCCCUUCUGGAGGAGUGUCUACAGGACAACCUGAGUCUUUUACGCAACGCCACUCCUUUGACGGACAUCAACCAGCCCAAACUGUCCCGUUCCAAGGGCUACCUCAACUCCAUUCUGAGCAGGGGACGGCUGGUGCCCAGGCACCUGAACGAGGCUCUUCUCCUGAUGGCCAAAAUACACUAUGUCCAGGGCUGUUACCAUGACGCACAGGGCAUGUGUGCAAGGGUGGGUAUAGAUGAGCUGACGGGGGAUGAGCAGCCCCUCUACCACCUGCGUCUGCUCGCAGAGGCCUUUGUCAUCAAAGGUCUGUCCCUGGACCACCAGGCAGUGUCAGCUGCCUCCCGUGUCCGUCUGUCUGAGAGAGAGGAGGAAUGUCUUUCCUGCUACCUGAGGGCCUGUGACACCUCUCUCGUUUACCUGCAAGAACUCGACAAGCAGAUGGUGGUCAACCCUAGUUCUAAAGCAGCUAAGACCGGUUUGGUCCCUCUACCACUGGACAUUGACCUGGGCUUCUUCCAGCAGGCGGCUCUACAGAGUGCAUACCUGUGCCUGCUGCAUAGGGGGCACCUGGCCCAGGGAGCCCACCAGCUGCGCAGGGUCCUCAGGGUGGUGGAGUCUCGAGGCUCCCAGAGCUUCAGGAAGGCUGCAGCGCGGAAGCUAGCUGAGGUGUUGCUGAGCUCGGUGAGUGAGGACAGCUACUGGGCGCCCAUGUCUCUCCCACCCUCCGCCUGGCUGCAGAGAGAAGGGAACGCCGGCCCAAAGGAUGCCAUGUACCCCUCUCCCAAACCACCCCAACGCUACAGUACUGACAGCGUCUUCUGUCCCCAGGACGUGGUUGAGGAGGCCGUGCUCCUGCUGCUCAUCACAGAGUCUACGGCCAGCGGAGACGCAGUCAUCAGCCGAGCCCCCGACCAUAGGGAGGAGCGGGAGACCAGUCUGCAGGACGCCACCUCUGUCUACGACCUGCUGAGCAUCGGCAUGGCCAGGAGGGGGCAGUAUGCCAUGCUGUCUGAGUGUCUGGAACGGGCCAUGAAGUUCUCAUUUAAUGAGUUCCACCUCUGGCACCAGUUGGGCUUGUCACUCAUGGCAUGUGGAAAGGGUGUGGGCGCCGUGUCUGUGCUCAAGGAGUGUGCCAGGAUGAGACCCGAGGACCCCUCACUGCCCAUGUUGGCCGCCAAAGUCUGCAUCGGCCAACUGCACUGGCUGGAGGAGGCUGAGGCCCUGUCUCAGAGUGUGGUGUCCAUGGGAGAGGAGGCUGCAGAGUUCCUGUCCCGUGCGUACCUGACUGUGGGGCUGUGCUGCAGUCUGCAGGCCUCUGACGCCACUCUGAAAGCUGAUCGGGAUGGGUUCAACAGACGAGCACUGCAAAAUCUGCAUAAAGCCCAUGCACUGGAUCCCCAUGAUGCUAAGAUUGCUCUCUACCUGUCUCUCCAGCUGGCUCUUGUACGCCAGGUGGCAGCUGCCAUGGAUCCCCUGCAGGUGGCUCUGUCUCUGCGUGGGGACGACCUGCACUCCCUCCACCUACUGACCCUUCUGCUUAGUGCCCAGAAACACCACCAACAUGCCCUCGAAACCCUCACACUAGCGCUCAGCCAACAUCCUGAGAACUUCAAUCUGCUGUUCACUAAGGUGAAGCUGGAGGAGGCUCUGUAUGGGCCGGGCGUAGCACUCCAGACCUGCCAAGACAUGCUGCAGCUAUGGCAGAGCCGCUAUGACUUCACACGUACCAGUGAGGGGGAUGACAGCAGCAGUAUCCACCCACCAGAGCCACUUCCACUCAACCGCAAACCCAGUGGCCUCCACCUCACCCUGCCAGACUUCCAGGACAGUGAGACUGGUUCUCAGAGCGGUCCGUCCAUUGCUCUUUCCCGCCUGGAGCAUGCCAUGUCAGAGGUGUCAGCCAUCAGCUCCGCCCACAAACAGGGCCCCACCUACAUCUGGACCACCCUGGAGCGCAUCUGGCUGCAAGCAGGAGAGUUGUUCAUGGCAGAGGGGCGUGUGAAGGAGGCCCAGUUCUGUGUGCAGGAGGCAGCUGUGCUCUUCCCCAACUCCCACUCCGUGCUGCUGCUAAGGGGCCGGCUGGCCGAGCUCAAAGGGAACCAGGACGAGGCCAAGGGUUUGUACGAUGAAGCCCUGGCCAUUCACCCCAACGGACACCGCAUACUGCUGCACCUGGUGAGAGAGAGAGACACACACAUACAGGCCAGUUGUUGGUGCGGUGUGGGCGUGUGGGUCUGGGGGAGAAGGUGCUGCGGGAUGCGGUGCAGGCCCAGAGCACGUCCCACGAGGCGUGGAGCGGCCUGGGGGAGGCCCUGCAGUCACAGGGCAGCAGCCAGGCUCCAGACUGCUUCCUCACAGCCCUGGAGCUGGAGUCCUCCUGUCCCAUCAGGCCCUUCACCAUCAUACCCCGCGAGCUGUGAGGAGCAGACAGAGGGUACUACUGUAUUACACACUCACAUACAUAUAUAUAUACACACACACACACACACACACACACGCGUAUGAUCAUUUACACGUGCAAAUUGGUGCAAUAUAUCUUCUCUUGCCCUUUUUCACUCUUUUUGCUCUCUAUCUCUCCUCCCUUCCCCCUCUCCCUUUUAUCUACUCUCUUCAUCUUUAUCUAUGUCUAUGCACUCAUAAUAAUUGCUCACAUGCACUCAUGGACAAGUCAAGUGUAUGGUGACACUGUUAUACAGACCGUAUACACCCACUACACUGUUAUACAGACCGUAUACACCCACUACACUGUUAUACAGACCGUAUACACCCACUACACUGUUAUACAGACCGUAAUCAUCCACUACACUGUUAUACAGACCGUAUACAUCCACUCUCAGGGAUCAUUCCUAUAGUAUCAUUCCAUUUUAUUCUCAUUGACUGAGAGCCUUCAGCCUGUGUAUGUAACUGACAUAAUGGAUUAUGUUCAAAUCACUAGUUGUUUGUAUUGUAUAUUUCUGUAUUAUUAAUAUUAUGAUUCAUUGUGUGUGUGUGUGUUGUUUUAAAUGCAUUUGUCCAUCUUUGUCCUCAUAAACAAUGACUUAAAUCAC